ACGCGCUAGCGACGGAACGGCGAAACGAAUUUUUUCACCACCAUCGAACGUAUCCACGUAUUCAGUUUGGUUAGCUCAACUCUAGCGGGUGGCACGGAAAUCCUCGAAAUGGUUUCGUCCGUUGACGGUUUGUAGUGCGGUUCGAACGUCGUCAAACGUCAAACGUCAAAAUGGGCCGUUCCGCCUCCAAGCAAUCCACUCCGAACAACCCGUGGGAGGCGGAAAUAGCCCGGAAGAAACGUCGCGAACAAAGUGCCCGGGAUCGGGCCAAGGAAGUGAAAGCCGAACGGAAACAGCAGGAGAAACGGAAAAAACGGGCCGAAAAGGAAGCCAAGCGGGCUCAGAAAAAGAACCGGAAAAAACGAAAAUCAAAACUGGAAGACCUGAAGGACAGUGAACCACCGCCGAUCGUGCGGAAAUCGAAGGCCAAACUGGAGGAAAGUGAUUACGAUUCGGAAGCGAUUCGCCGGAUGCAGGAUCAGCUGGCGUUCAACAGUGAUGUGUUCGUGCUGAACCAGCUUCUGCUCGGGGUGCAGUUCUACGGGAACUAUGAAAGGGAAAUGUGGGAUGCAGUCGAAAGGAACCGACAGCUGGAGAACAAACACAACAGUAGGAUCUCGCGGCACUGCAAAACGGUUAUUCUGCCGGAUCGACUGCAGGAUGCAGUUGAUCAGAGAGUUAAGUUUCUUCCGAAGCAUGGAAUUCGGAAGAACGAACUACAGCCUCUGCAUUCGCAGACCUGCUACGUCAUACACGACAACAUCGAAAUAUCCAACCCGGGAGAGACUUCGGUGUACAGCAUAUUGACGGAUGCUCCCAUCUACAAGCUGGAAAUCGAAGACGGCCUGGAGGAGAAGCUGAACAGUGCCGGAAAACGGCGUCGAGCUUACUGCCAUCACGGGUACAUCAAGCUGAAGAGUACCGAAUACAUCAAACCGAACAAUCCGUCGCCUCUGGAUGAGAUAAACGAGAACGGAGCGAGUGUUUACGGUGAUGAACCGAACGGAUUGAGUAAACAACAACGGUCGAAGCAAAACAGGAAAAACAGUAGCACCAGUGAAAGUGAUACCUUGGAUGAAGAAGACGAGGUAGAUGACGAGGAAGAGGACGUCCCAGUUGUUCGAUUCGGCAAACUAAACUACCGAGAUAGCGUAGCGAAUAAACCGCUCAAAACGGCCAACGGUAGCAUCUACGGAAUGAAUCUACGUUUACUUAUUCCGUCGACCUCGACCAGUUCCACGUCUCCGCCGAGCAGUGAGUACGACUACGCCUACAUCACGGCAAUCAACACUCAUCAACCGCUCAGUAUAAUGAAAGGAAUGUGUGAGGAGCAUCCGGUUAGCACCACGGUUCUACCGGACUAUUGCGUGACCACCGUAAACUGUCCAACCGAACUGAACCAGGGUUACUACUCGGAUGCUGAAUCCGAUGCCGACAAGCUGGGCUACCUAGCGAAAGGAGGUCUUGCGGUGAAAAGUAACCCCGUAGAAUACAUCACCGAACAACGGCAGUAUCUGAACUCGAAAGGUUUCCUGGCCUACUUCAUCAACCUAUUCCAGAAUACCCUGGCACAGGAGCUGGGAAUAGCAACGGAAGAUCUGGAUAGGGCCACUUGGAAAGGAGCCGUGAUCUAUAGUGGUUGUUGGGAAAUUAUCCCGGCCAUUCUUUGUCCUUGGCCACGGGAAGCGGUGGAAUGGAUUCACCGGAAACGUGAGGUUAAAGUGAACCCCUUGAACAAGCAAAAAUUCCAAUGGCCAACGCCUCCCAUGAUUCAGAAGGUCAAAUCCUUCGGUUGUCACGUCAUCCCUUCCGGGUAUGCUCCGAAGCAGGGCAACAACCGGUACCGUCAACUGGAGUGGAAAAUCGUAUUUCCCGAAGCGGAACGCUAUCUGGACAGUUGUCUGACGAAUACCCAAACAAAAAUCUACAUGCUGACGAAACUCCUGUUCAAAACGUUUGUCGAUCCGGCUUUCACUUCGGGGGUCAGCAUGUUCGGUAACGAACACCUACGGGCCCAUCUGUUCUGGCAAUGCGAGUCCAACUACGCAGCCUGGCCGGAAGACUAUCUCGGGGAAGCUUUGAUGCGUUUCCUAAACGCCCUACUGGAUCGCAUUAAAACGCACAAACUGCCGGACUACUUCCUGCCCAGUCGGAAUCUGUUCGAGAACAUCCCCGAAAAGGUACUGGUGGAGUUACACAAACGGAUCUUUCGGAUUACCGAAAAUCCGGUGAUGCACAUUCUGGUAGCGCUUCGGAACAUGAAACUGCCCGGCGGGAAUGUCACUUUCUAUCCGAAGAUCCGCAUCAAGCGACUGUACUCGGUGUUGAUCAUCGAAAAUCCUCUGAAGAUUAUCAAUCCGCUGAUCGGGGACGAUAGCGAGAAUCUGGCCGCCGAGGAUUCCGCAGACGACGAUGGGUACGAGAAAGAGGUUGCGGUUGGAUCGAUGGCAUAUUUCAACCAGCAGGAGGUGGAAUCACGUAAACAGAGGACCCGAAUCGUGCGGUUCAUGGAGAAGGAAAAGAAGAAACAGGACCAGAAAACCAUCGAAGAACGACGUGUUUCGGUGGAUUCAAUCGAUUUGAUGUUCUUUUUCAAUUCGCAGUUCAGUCCUCUGAAGCACAUGGAAAACAUUCGCCGUCAAUUGAUUUACAACAUUUUUGUGCAGCACUUUAUCGACAUGGCCCAGACGUCGUACGUCUUUCGAUCGCUCAAUCAAGGAUUGAUCUAUCUGAAACAGGCGGAACGGUUGUGUAGUCUACUGAGCGAUGACCAUGGAGUGGAGGAAGCUCGCAAGUUUCUGUCGAAGAUCUACAGUUUGCGUGGGGAAAUUCAGAAAACUAUCCACCACACCAGUUACGGACCGGCUCUGCCCAAACGCUCCAGUAUCGCUCAAAGUCCCCAGAAUCGACGGGUACGCAUGAAGUCACCGAAGCAGACGGGGCGUCCUUCGUACACGAACCUUAGUCCGGAGGUGCCCCAGUCCCCUGCGGAUUCACCGUGGCAAUCACCGGAAAAUGACCGCCGACGACGAGCUGUCAAACGGGUUUCGGUGCAGGUUCAUCCGGGACCGUCAAGCUCGCGGCUGAACGUGCCACCGACCACCGACCAGGACGACAUUUCCCGACUGCUCGGGAAUGUGUCCGUUGUUUCCUAGACGGCCUAGUUGUUAGAUUUGUCUCGUGGUUCAGGAACUACUACUGUGAUAUCGAAAAGGUUUUCAAUAAACGCUUAACCUAAGGUUUUACGUUAAGAUUGAAUG